AUGUACGGGCCUUCCGCAGGGAGUUUGAUGGUUCAAGUCGUCAUCUUGCAGUGUAUCAUUUGGGAGUUGCUGGAGACGAAUGCUGAGAUUGAGGACGAUGGGAAGCUUCAUGUCAAGAUGAGGAAAUCAAAUGUUUCGAGGCAGUCCGUUUCCGGGUUGGGGCUCGGCGGGAAUGGUGGAGUCGGGUCAUUUUCAGGGUUGACCCCUCGCCCGUCGAAUUUGACCGGAACCGAGAUUUACAUCCUGAGCUCGUCGCGGAAUCCGACUCUCAGGGGUUGGAAUUUGAAUCCGGUGGAUUUUUAUUCGAUGAUGGGAGUCCAGGGGUUUGGGUCGGGGCAGGUCCUCCCGCGGGCCGAUUCCCUGGCCGUCGAAUUUCGAGGAGAAUUGCGCCAAUAUGGCUACGGCGUGUCUCCGAGAUUCGGGUACUACCCUGCUUUGAGCCCCGAAUUCUCUUCCGCCGCCGCCACGGCAACAGCUCUGGCAAAGGGAGCGAAGAGCAAUACUCUGGUGGCAGGAGCAAGGGCGACAUUACACCCGAGUAGCAACAAUGGUGGCAUUGGAAAAUCGAAUCAUGAAGCCAAGGAACAUAUGUUCGUCUGGAGCUCCAUGUUUUCGGUGGAUUGA